GGGCCGAGUUGGCUGGGCCGGGCAGAGUGGCCGGCGGCGCCGGGACGCGCUCGCUCCGUCUCUCUCUCUCUCUCUCUCUCUCUCGUCUGCCUCCCAGCGGGAGGGGCUGUGGCUCAUCUCGGGUGGGGGGGGGACGGCGGUCCGCGUUGCUAGGGAGACGGAGGCGCGCCAGCUACUCCCGGCCCGGCGGGGCCUACCCCGAAAGGCUCGGGACGGAGCUGCGCCGGAGCGGCCCUCCCGAUGCGGAGAGAGCGAGCGAGCAAGCGAGCGGGCGGCCGUGUUCCUGCUCCGCCCGGGCCCCGUUCGACUAUCCGGCCUUGCACCUGCCUGGCGCCGCGGGAGCGGCCGAGCCCUCGUAGCAAGUAGGUCGUCUGAAGGCUUUACGGGCUCUACGCCUCUGGCCGGCAUGGCUUCAUCCCCCCAGAAGAGAGAGGAGGAGUUCCUGGAGAAAACCUGCUGGGCUCUGGAACCGCCGGUGGACGCCUGCGAAGCUUUGGCCCAAAGACAUCUCACUGCCAUUUCGCUUCUUACGGCGGCGGCUGCCUUAUGACCAAUUACAAUAUUCCGAAUUUUAGGUGUUUCCAGGGCACUGGCAAAUAAUGGAAAAGAACAGAUGUACUGUGUCUAUAAGAAUAAGUCAGCCUUCCAAAACAAAACUUUUCAAUGAAGAACUUGUGUCCAAAAGUGACACUAUACCAGAGGACUCCAACCGUGGCAACUUUAAGCCUGGCGGACUUCAACUCCCAGAAUUCCCCAGCCAGCUUUGCUAUCAAGGUAUGGUAUGAAUAUGCGUUGCUUGGCAGCUCGGGUGAACUAUAAGACUUUGAUUGUCAUCUGCAUUUUCUUCUCCUUGAUCACUAUCCUGCUGUGGAAUCGGUGCACCCGUGGGAAAAUAGCACCUUUCCCGCAUGACUUGAGCGGCAGCGUGAAAGCAGAUGGAUCAGAGAAGCGAGUGGCUGCAUCAGAGAGCAGCCAAUGUGUGAACAGACCAGGGAAGCAGCAGAGUGAGGAAGCAUCGCCCCAGGAGCAGCAGAAGGCUCCCCCCAUUGUUGGGGGCUUCCACGGGAACAAAAUCUUAGGGCUGAAAUAUGAAGAAAUUGACUGUCUGAUCAAUGAUGAGCACACUAUUAAAGGCAGAAGGGAGGGGAAUGAGAUCUUUCUGCCUUUCUCAUGGGUGGAGAAGUACUUUGAGGUUUACGGGAAAACUGCCCAAUAUGAUGGCUACGACCGCUUUGAGUUCUCCCAUAGUUACUCCAAAGUGUACACCCAGAGAGCCCCCUACCAUCCAGAUGGCGUUUUUAUGUCAUUUGAGGGCUAUAAUGUGGAAGUCCGGGACAGAGUGAAGUGCAUCAGUGGCGUUGAAGGGGUGCCGCUUUCCACGCAGUGGGGACCUCAAGGCUACUUUUAUCCCAUCCAGAUUGCCCAGUACGGGCUCAGCCAUUACAGCAAAAAUCUGACAGAGAAACCUCCCCAUGUUGAAGUGUAUGAAACGGCAGAAGAGAGGGAGCAGGGCAGCCCACCAGGCAAAUGGAUGGUUCCCAAAGGCUGUUCGGUCACAACGUUGCUGGACAAAUCCCGAUUCACAAAUGUCAAGCAGUUUGUUGUUCCUGAAAAUUCCGAGGGAGCCUCUCUCCAGCUGGGGAACACAAAGGACUUUGUCAUUUCCUUUGACCUUAAAUUAUUAACGAAUGGGAGUGUUUCAGUGGUUCUCGAGACAACUGAGAAGAACCAGCUGUUUACAGUGCACUACGUCUCCAAUUCUCAGUUGAUUGCUUUUAAGGACAGAGACAUUUCCUAUGGAAUUGGGGCCAGGACCAGUUGGAGCACAAUCACACGAGAUCUCAUCACUGAUUUAAGAAAGGGUGUCGGACUCUCUAACACAAAAGUGGUCAAACAGACCAAAAUUAUGCCCAAAAGAGUGGUGAGGCUGACCGUGAAGGGAAAGGGCUUCAUAGACAACAUCACUAUUUCAACCACUGCCCACAUGGCAGCCUUUUUCGCUGCCAGUGAUUGGCUGGUGAGGAACCAGGAUGAAAAGGGUGGCUGGCCAAUCAUGGUAACCCGGAAGCUAGGGGAAGGGUUUAAGUCUUUGGAUCCAGGUUGGUACUCUGCCAUGGCACAAGGACAGGCGAUUUCCACCUUGAUUAGGGCUUAUCUGUUGACAAAGGACCAUACCUUCCUCAGUUCGGCUCUGAGAGCAACAGCCCCUUACAAGCUCCCGUCAGAGCAACAUGGCGUGAGGGCAGUCUUCAUGAACAAAUAUGACUGGUACGAGGAGUACCCAACCUCGCCCAGCUCCUUCGUUUUAAACGGAUUCAUGUACUCUCUGAUUGGCCUGUAUGAUUUAAAGGAAACGGCUGGUGAGAAGCUGGGCAAAGAAGCAAAGCUGCUCUAUGACCAAGGCAUGGACUCCUUAAAGGCCAUGCUCCCCUUCUAUGACACGGGGUCAGGAACAAUCUACGACCUUCGCCACUUCAUGCUGGGCACAGCUCCCAAUUUAGCCCGGUGGGAUUAUCACACCACCCACAUCAAUCAGCUCCAGCUGCUGGGCACCAUAGAUGAGGCCCCCGUGUUUAAAGAGUUUGUCAAGCGGUGGAAGAGCUACCUGAAAGGCGGCAGGGCAAAGCACAAUUAAGCUGAGCUGAUAACCAAAACCACAUUUCCUUGGUCUGCUGUGCUUAGGAGUUGCCAUCUUUAAGUAGAAAAGUGGAACUUUGGAAACUGUGUGUGUGUGUGUGUAUGCUUUUUUAAAAAAAUGAUUUUUGUUUUCAAAGAAGUGGUCCUUAAAACCCCUUUAUAAAUCAAUUGCAUUCCAGAGGGUAAAUACUUUAGAGAUGGCACUAGAGCAGGCAUCCAAUGAUUGGACUGAAUCAAAACUUGUUUACUUUCCACAGUGAUCCAUGAUGACACUUAAUGCAGAAUAGAAUGUGUACUUCUGAUUUCCCCUCUUCUUUUCAGAGAAAUUCAUUACGGACUCCCAAUUUUGUUGCCUGGAAUUUUGCAGAAAAAUGAGGAUCCGUUUUCCUUUCCUUAAAAAGAAAAGUGAGGCUUUUUAAAAAAAAAGAAAUGUAGCUUUACAACAGAAUUUCCUGUUUUGCUUGUAUUCUCCAGGUUGGUUGGUAUGUUGAUUAAUUUUUUUUCCCUUGUUGAAACAAUAGCAGAAUGUUUUGGGUUCUGUAUUGAGGGAUAAAUCCAACAGUGAUUUUGUUGUUGUCUUUUUAAAACCUCUUGGGGAUGAGACUUCUCCAGGAAUGUUGGUGAAGCUCCUUGGAAGCUGAGGGAGCUGUAGAAGGUGCUUGUCCACUUCUCAUUUGCCUCUUGUGAGGUUUGCCCCAGACGUUUCUGGUGGGAUGGUAUCCAUCUGUACGUUUGAAUGUUUUGUUCUUUGAGCACAACUACAAGCAGGUUGAGUUGAUUGCACAAAUAUUGUAGCCAUUUUGACUGUGUCUCCCUUGCCUUGAUCUCAUUCUUCCACCAAAUUUUGAUCCCGUUCCUCUUUCCUUCUCUUACAUGUAACACUGUUUGGUUUUUUUGUAUGUACUGUAUAUGCAGUUUAUUUUCUUGAGAAAUUUGAACUGUUUCCUUUCAGGAUUGUAUUGAUUGAAAUACAAUGUAUAUUAUUUGGAAAAA